AUGAGUAGUAUUGUUAAGAAGGGCAUAAGUUUCACCCCUAAGGUGAAAAAGACAAGUAAAAAAUCUGCUAUAUCUAGGGCUUCAACUACACCCAAUACACCCGAGGCAACUCAGAAGACGCCAACUAGCCAAGUAACAGUAAGCACCGAGAAGAAGAAGAAGCAUCAUCAUCAUCAUCAUAAUCAUAAUAAUGAAGCAGACCGAAUACGACCGCUUGAGACCCCCCCAAAUUCCCAAGCUUUAGAACUAGGGAGAAAAGAGGCUUCUGAAGGAGGUAGUGGGCUACUGAAAAAGUCUGGAAACGUCACAAUAGCUGUUGCAGCUGAAAGAAACGAUCUGCUAGCAAUUUCCAAAUAUCCCGAUUCAGCAAUUGUAGAUAGUUCCGAUGAGGAAAAUGAGGAAGGGGAUUUAUCCAUUCAGCAAAACAAAAACAAGAUUCGACAAUUUUCUCAUAGUCAAAGAAGAUUAUCUGGAAUUAAUCAGGUUGGGUAUAGAAGUAGAUCCUCUUCAGUAUCGCAAAAGCCACAAGAUGAGGCUCACACUGCUUCUACUCAAGGUCCUGCUAGGAUUAUUAUUCCUCAACAAAAGACUGCAAAAAGAAGGAGAUCACUGGUUUCUAGAAGCUCAAAAAGAAGAUCGGUUUCAUAUCCAAUACCAAUUGUAAAUACGAUUGCGCCCACAUUAAAACCUUCGAUGCUAGAUCCAAAAAUUCCACUCCGCCCCGCUGCUGCUAACUCUGCUGCUGCUGAUUUUGCCACCACUGAUUCUGCCAUUUCAGCACUUGAUCUUCAUAAACUGUCUCCAAAAGGAGUUCCCAGAGCUGCUCCAGUGAGUUUGAUCAUGAAUGAUCCAGACCCAAAACCAGAAUCGGUAAGGGAGAAAAAAAGUAUAUCUGAAAAAGCAAAGGGAAAAGAAAAGGAAGAAGAAAAGGAGAGGGAAGACGAAAGUUCCAUUUUGAGUAAAAGGCGACGUACUGAAGACGUAGUAAGUAAGGAAUUUGUACUUGGAAUAGAUCCAAAGACAAACAAGGUUAGAAAAUUUCGAAGAAAAGAUGCUUUGAAAAAAGAAGUCAAGUCGGAGAAUGGCUUUUCAAGGGUAGCCGAUGUCAUGCUUGAUGAUAUAGCACCGAUCGAGCCAGAUAAUUUGGUUACAACCGUUACCAGUGUUAGUCAAAUCCCUGUCAAUAUCAAGGAAGAAGAUCUGAGCUUAUAUGCCGAGCUUGACUAUGCAUACGAAGGUAUGACAAUGGCAGAUUUAUGCAAGCCAACACUCAAAAUUGGGCAAGUUAGUUCGAAUCAUGCAUUAGUAGUGGAAGCUGAAAAACAAAUGAAACAAGAAAAGACACAGAGAAGACUAGAUAGAGCCAGAGCAAGAAGAGAGAAAAUUUCUCUAGAGGAGGCUAGACUUUUAAAUGAGGGGAAAACGCUGGAAGAUACCAAAUCAGAUGAUGAUAAAACAAACAAAAAUAAAAAGGUAGACUUGUUUCUGCUAGACGAUGACGACCAAUCGCAAACUUCAACGGCAAUUCAAUUGACUUUGUUAGAUGGUAAGAUAGGGUACAAAGAAGAAUCAGCGAUAGUUGUAAAGCAAAGAGUGGAUACUUCAAACCGUAUUGUAGAACAAGCUAACCCAUAUUCUAACCCUGUCACUUCAGCAACUUACGGAAAGCAAUUGCAUACGGACAAGUGGACCUCCGCCGAGUUGCAAGAGUUUUACAAAGCAUUGAGUAUGUUUGGUACCGACUUUUCGUUGAUAUCACAGUUGUUUCCGCAUAGGACGAGAAAGCAGAUCAAGUCCAAGUUUGCAUUGGAAGAGAAGAAAUAUCCCGAGGUGGUUGAGUUGGCUUUGAAAAGGAAAUUGCCUGUUGAUUUCGAAGAAUACCGAAAAAAUGUUAAAAACGAUAUCAAGACUAUUGAACAGUAUAACGAGAACUUGCGUAAAGUAAGGUUUGAACAUGAGGAAAGUAUGAAUGCGAUUGCCAUGGAACGGGAAAAAGCAUAUAGAGAAGAUGCAGAAGCUAGCAGAAGAAGAGAAAUUGAAAUUAGAACCGGUACUAAGCCAAUGACGAGAGCCGAGAAGGUGAAAGAAUUGCGUAAGAAUGAAAUAGUUGUUGGUUCUAUAGAUGAUGUUAAACGGAAUCAGAGAAUGUAA